GGGUAUUAGUGUAACGAAAGAUUUCGAUGCAAUAGAGGAAAAAGGUCUUUGAGUUUGAGCAAGGGUAUCGUGCAACGAAAUCCUUCGUUGUAAUAGAAUCUACUCAAUAGACUUUACUAUAGAUUAAUCGCAAUGGAAAACAAAGCUGAUCAAGUUCUUUCUAUUAAAGUGAUGAGGUUGUCCCGUCCUCUUUUUACGCAGUGUGACCCUCAUCAUCUGGAAUUUGGAUAUUUGACUGACACAAAACCUUUAUCUGAAGCUGACUGGUUUUCAUUAGCACAUGCGGAUAAUGAUCUGGAUAUGACUCUUUCACCCAGACAUGGAUUACUCCUACCACAAAGUUUUGGAACUAUAUAUUUAGGUGAAACUUUUCAAAGCUACCUUCGUGUACAGAAUGUAGGGUCAUUCUUGGUGUCGAAUAUUUCAAUCAAGGCUGAUCUUCAGACUGCUGCACAAAGACUACCGUUGACUAAAAAAAAAAAUUUAACCCUCGAUCAACUUGAGUCACAACAAUCAACUGACGAUAUCCUAAGUCAUGAAAUAACAGAACUUGGCACACAUAUUUUAGUGUGUGAAGUUUCAUACCAAGUAGGAUUGGGUGAAAUAAUGACAUCCUCCCGCUACUAUAAAUUUCAGGUCUUGAAACCUUUGGAUGUAAAGACAAAGUUCUACAAUGCAGAGUCGGACGAUGUCUAUCUAGAAGCCCAAAUUCAAAACACAACCCUUGACAAACCACUUUGCUUGGAUAAAGUCACCAUGGAACCAUCAAGUCUCUUCGAAGUACAAACUGGUUGGGGCACUUCAUGGUCUAAUGCAUCACACCUGUUUGGUGGGAUUGUAAACAUUGUUCAGCCUGGUGAAAUUCGUCAAUAUUUGCAUUGUUUGAAGCCAAAGCAGGAUGUGCGAAGUAACCUUCGACUGCUAAGAGGAGAAAGUAACAUUGGAAAACUUGAUUUAACCUGGAGAACUACGAUAGGCGAUCGUGGACGAUUGCAAACCAGUCAGCUACAAAGAAUGGUUCCUAACUACGGCGACGUGCGUUUAACGAUUCAAGAGCUUCCGAAUCCGGUAAAGCUGUAUGAAGCAAUCGGUUUCGUCUGCAAAAUAACAAACACUAGUGAGAGGCCAGUCGAACUGAGUUUAAUAUUGGAUAUUCGGUCGAAACCGGCCAUUCUCUGGACUGGUAUAUCAAAUCGACCACUUGAAAAGAUUGAUCCAAAUCACUCUGUUGAAGUUUGCCUACAACUUGUUCCGAUAAUGCCCGGCCUACAAAGCCUUUCCGGAUUAAAACUUAUCGAUCUUUUGCUUAAACGUACAUACGACUAUCCGGAUGUAGCCCAACUUUUAGUGCUUCCUUAAUAAUUCUAUGGCUCACUGAUACACUGAUUUAUGUCCC